AAGAAAACUAGCCACACAAAAAAAAAACUAGCUGACGAUAAGAUUUAUGCUUUCUUCAAUCAAAACUGAUUCAAGCAAAAAAAAAAAGAAAAACAACAACAAAAAUCAAAGUGAUAAUAGUGAGAAAGAUGGCUUCAACGAAAAUAAACCCAUUAACAACAACAACAAUCUACCUCAAAUCUCCAAAAAGAUACAUUAACCACAAAUCCCAAAACCAAAUCAAACUAGUUUCGAAUUCACUAAACCCGAAACUCAACACAACACAGCUCCCCAGUGAUCUCUACAGUGUCAGCUUCAAAACCAUUGGAACAGGUAAGCUUGGCAUCUCAAGGUAUCCCGAUUUCGAAUACUCUCCUCAAGGCGGCUCCGGCACCGGAACCGCUCAAAAGAUGGAUGAAAACAGAGCAUCUAGCUCUGGAUUGUUGUCUGUUUGUUUCAAUGUGGCAACUCUGUAUAUUCCUCCUCUGACUAGCCAAACCACUACAUUUCUCGGCUUACCACUGCCACCGUUUCUAAAAAUCGAUAUUUCACCGGAGUUUUUCCAAGGAACUAUCGACCAAGAUUCCGGGAAGGUGGAACUAGACUUCGAAGCGAGGUUCUUUUUCACGGCGGGAGGAGGGAUAUACAGAGCUCCGGGGCUGAUGGUGAAAACGGUGUUGACGACGGAGGAAUCGAGAGGAGAAAGAAAGAGUGGGAGAGGAGAGCGGAUGGAUAAAGAAGGGAAGUGUAGACUCGUCGGCGUCGCAAGAGUUGAGACCGUGGAGGACUUUUUUAUGAACACGUUCCUCUCUCUUCCGGCGGAGUGUCUCGCCGAUCUACAAGCUGUUAUUUCAGUCUCUGAUCCUCAGUCUUGAGCUUAAUUAUUUGAGUUUUGAAGUAAAAGUUGAUUUAAGUGUUUGCUUAAACUUAAUAUUAGUAUGUUUCUUCUUAGAUAACUGUGGGAGAUUUUUGAAUUAUGAAACAUUGUUAUGGAUGGGUGACCCCAAGAGUGCAGUCUAGAGAAAACGAAUAGCAAGAGAUAAUGGGGAAAACAAAAUUGCAGGUUGAAGAAAUAAGUGCGAGUUUGACACAUAUCUGAACACUUGUUUGUUCCUGAAAAUGUGAUUACCAAAUAUGUUGUUUUAUUUGACCGACCUUGUUAUUUGAAUAAUGGAUGAUACUUUGUGUUUGAAAGUAGAUUGAAUACUGUA